AUGAGACACAAGCCACAAGCAAGAAAUGAUUAUCUAUAUGUCUCGUGUUCCCCGGGCACGUUGGAGGAGGCUGUUUGUUGCUGGUGCAACUGUGCCGGGAAAGAACGUCCAUCGGGGGACAGAUCUCUUCCUGUGCUAGCUGAAGGGACAGGUAAGCCUUUGGCUCCCAUGCGUGAACGCAAAGACAGAGACCGAGGAACUCUGCACGCCUCUACGAGCGGUACCGGCGCAAAGAUUGAUGGGCUUCGAUCGGGAGCCUCAGAUAUUCAGGAUGAUGAUGCACCCGGUACUGCCAUUAAGUGUUCCUAA